AUGCAUAUCUCUACUAUCUCAACCCUGGGCCUCCUCCUCAGCCUCCCCUUGGCUGCCGUUGCACAAUCGCGAUGCCAAUCGGACACGAUUACCACCGAUAAAGACAAAGAAUAUAGCGCAGCGGUCAACUUCGACAGCGCCUCGAAAAAGUACACCGCAACAGUGCCGCCUGGCGACAUGUCUCUUACCAUUCCUGCCUUAAGCAUCACCAACAACGGCGGAUACAAGCGACUUUUCUGUCUUGCCAGUGAGCCGGACAGACCACGAUCUACUCGACACCUACCGUCGUUGAAGGAUGACAACUCUAGUGUUGACACUGAGAGUGCUAUCGCAUAUCUAUGUGCUACGGCAGAUUUCAUCGUCACCGCACACCGCAGAAUAAGACAAUGA